GCAAAAAUUCCGCUCUUUUUCGUCGCUCGGAAACAGAACACUCUUUGUGCUCUGAAAAGCAGUCUCUCUGUUUUCCUUCUUAUUCGUCUCGUCUCCUUUAAAUCUCAACCACCAUGGCGUCGAAACUUACUUCAUCCCCAAACUCUCUACUCCUCCAAAAUCCUAAUCGUCACCACCUCCUUAAACCCAAUUCCUACACCACUACCUUCUCUAAUUUCGCCACCCAAAAUAAGCCCAGUUCAAUCAGAUGUGCAGCCACAUCAACAGCUCCAGUCUCGCCUAUCCCUGCAACCCAAGAUCCCGAAGAACGUGUCUUUAAUUUCGCCGCCGGGCCAGCAACUUUACCUGCCAACGUCCUCAAGAAGGCCCAGGCGGAGCUCUACAACUGGCGUGGAUCUGGCAUGAGCGUAAUGGAGAUGAGCCAUAGAGGGAAAGAAUUUCUCUCUAUUAUUCAAAAGGCUGAGGCUGAUCUCCGAGCUCUCUUGGAUAUCCCGGAAGAUUACGCCGUUCUGUUUCUCCAGGGCGGCGCAACCACCCAGUUCGCCAUGAUUCCUUUGAAUCUUUGCAAGCCCGACGACCCGGUUGAUUAUGUGGUUACUGGAUCGUGGGGCGAUAAGGCUUUCAAGGAGGCACAGAAGUUUUGCAUGCCUAAGGUGAUUUGGUCUGGGAAAUCUGAAAAGUAUACAAAUAUUCCAGCUUUUGAAAGUUUAGAGCAAAACCCAGAUGCCAAAUAUUUGCAUAUUUGCACUAACGAGACCAUUCAUGGAGUAGAGUUCAAUGAUUACCCAACUCCCAAAAAUGGGAUUUUGGUGGCUGACAUGUCUUCAAAUUUCUGUUCAAAGCCUGUGGAUGUUUCGAAGUUCGGUUUGAUCUACGCUGGAGCUCAGAAGAAUGUAGGGCCAUCUGGGGUUACAAUUGUGAUAAUCAAGAAAGAUCUGAUUGGAAAUGCUCAGGAGAUAACUCCUGUGAUGCUGGACUACAAGAUCCAUGCAGAGAACAAUUCACUCUACAACACCCCUCCAUGUUAUGGUAUUUACAUGUGUGGUUUAGUGUUCGAGGAUCUUUUGGCACAGGGUGGAUUAACAGAGGUUGAAAAGAAGAACAAGAAGAAAGCAGAAUUGAUUUACAAUGCCAUUGAUGAGAGCAAUGGGUUCUACAGGUGCCCAGUUGAAAAAUCUGUAAGGUCAUUGAUGAAUGUGCCAUUUACACUUGAAAAGUCUGAUUUAGAAGCCGAGUUUAUCAAAGAAGCUGCUAAAGAGAAAAUGGUUCAACUUAAAGGGCACAGGUCAGUGGGAGGCAUGCGAGCUAGCAUUUACAAUGCAAUGCCACUAGCUGGAGUGGAAAAGUUGGUUGCUUUCAUGAAAGAUUUCCAGGCAAAACAUGCUUGAAGCAGUGAUUGAUUUCAGUGUGCAAUUUCUCUUUCUAGUGAGGCUAGGAAUUGAUCUUAUGAAUUAGAGAUGUGUAAUGUUUUUGGAUUGUCUUUUUUGCUUAUGUUCAAUUUGAUUUCAGUGAAAGUUAAAAUGGGUAUCUUUAGUUGACAGCAUUCUGGGAGGGACAGAAAUUGAGCUGUGUGAUAAGACUGCUACUGAGGACCAAGUGACAAAGGAAAUCUGAAAAAGGUGUACACCAGAUUUGUAGUGAAUGGGAAAUGAAACGGUUUACACGGGGGGUA